UUCGACUUCCCCAAAUCAUUUGAGAAAAAAUAAAUGCCACGCCCAACCCUGAAAAUAGGCAAACACUACACCAAAAACAGAAGCAAGAACAAGAGAAAUCACGGCUUCAGAGGCCCGCUUUCUUCCACAGAUACACUAUUUUUCCGCAGAGAGCAUCGGAGAAAGAAACGAAGAACAAAAAGUCUCCCAGCGUUCUUCUGGUGAACCCUUCUUUCCUUUCACACUCUUAUCGUCAUCACAUUAUCCUCCUUUCUUCCUCCGUAACUCCUUUUCUCCAGUGCCUUGUUCAGAUUGCAUUUCAAUUAAUUUAGGUUUCUCCCCUCCCCUUUUUUUUCUUCUUAAACAUUGGGCGAUUGUUUCUGAAGUGGGUUUUUUCGGUGUUCCCGCUCUUCCAUUGCCCCUUUUGGAUAUUGGGUUGUUGCGAUUGAAUUCAAAUUUACCUGGGCUCGCGUUCGUUUUGCGUCUGGUGAUUGUAUAAGAGUUGGGUUUUUUUUUUUCUAUAUGACCAAUUUCGAGAGAAUGGGUGGUUUUGGAUAGGAUUGUUCCAUCGAUUUUUAGUUUGGAUUAUUAGUCAAUGAUUUCUGGAAGGUACUGUUGGUUGGGGGAUUAGAAGUUGAAAUGGCUGAGAGGAAGUCGUCAAUUAUGGGACUUAUUUUUCAGAAGAAAUCACUAUUUUGUUUGUUUUCAGUUACAUCAAUCUUGUUCAUGUUAUCUUGGUUAUUUGUGUUGCGUUUGGACCACAAAUUUUUGCGUCCAAUGCUUUCGUCGACGAUUGUUGAUGGGAAUUCUGCAUCUCAGAUUCAAACUCAUGGUAAGCCCUUGAUAACAAGUGACCGGGUAAUUCAUGAGGAAGAAUUGGAAGGACAGAGGAAGGAUAAUUUGGUGACAUGUAAUCCUAAUAAUAUGGUUCUUAAGGUUUUCAUGUAUGAUUUACCAGCAGAGUUCCAUUUUGAGCUCUUAGAUUGGAAGUCCGAGGGGAAAGGUGUUUGGCCUGAUAUUCGAAAUGAAGUCCCUCACUAUCCUGGUGGUUUAAACUUGCAACAUAGUAUAGAUUAUUGGCUUACCUUGGAUCUCUUAUCGUCUGAAUUCACCGAGACUACUAAUGCCCGUAGUGCAGUAAGAGUCCACAACUCUAGUGAAGCUGACGUUAUAUUUGUCCCAUUCUUUUCUUCCCUAAGCUAUAACCGACAUUCUAGGGUAGCACAAAACCAAAAAAGAAGCACGGACCAGUUGCUACAAGAGAAGCUGGUUAAGUAUGUGACAUCUCAAGACGAAUGGAAGAGGUCAGCUGGAAAGGACCAUAUAGUUCUAGCCCAUCAUCCAAAUAGCCUCUUGUAUGCAAGAUGGAAACUCUGGCCUGCAACAUACAUACUUUCAGAUUUUGGCAGGUAUCCCACAAAUAUAGCAAACAUUGACAAAGAUGUGAUUGCGCCUUAUAAACACGUCGUAAAAACUUUCGUUAAUGAUUCAUCUGGUUUUGAUGGCCGCCCGACGUUGCUGUAUUUCCAAGGAGCCAUAUAUAGAAAAGAUGGUGGUUUUAUUCGGCAAGAGUUAUUCUAUCUGCUAAAAGAAGAAAAAGAUGUACACUUCGCAUUUGGAAGUGUUCAAAAGAAUGGAAUCCGUAAUGCGACUCUGGGAAUGCGCUCCUCGAAGUUCUGCCUUAACAUAGCAGGUGAUACACCCUCAUCAAACCGCCUUUUUGAUGCCAUUGCUAGCCACUGUGUCCCUGUUGUCAUCAGUGAUGAGAUUGAGCUCCCCUACGAAGAUGUCCUAGACUACUCCAAGUUCUGUGUAUUUGUCCGCACAUCAGAUGCCCUCAAGGACAAAUUCCUUGUCAAUCUUAUUAGGGGAAUUGGGAGAGAAGAAUGGACCCGCAUGUGGCAAAGGCUAAAAAAGGUUGAAAAUCUGUUCGAGUAUCAGUACCCUUCAAAGGAAGGAGAUGCAGUUCAGAUGAUAUGGCAGGCUGUGGCACGCAAGGCUCCCACUAUGCGAAUGAAGGCACACAGAUCUAAGCGAUUCUCUCAUUAUGAUACUCGUGAGGAUGGAGAGCUAAGAUCAGUUCCACUGCCCAGGAAUUUGGCCGAGUAAGCAAAAGAAGCUGAAAUGUUUUAGACCUCUCUACUGCCAUCUUUCAUAGGUGACAAAUCUAGAAAGCACGGUUUGUGGAAAGUAAAGCUGCUCUAAAUUCCCAGAGCAGAUAUUGGGAGAAAAGUUUUGUACUUGAAGCAAUGAACAGAGGAAAAGGAAGAAAUAAACAACAUUUUAGGAAUUUAGCUGCCAAAUAGCUAGGUUGAAAUUUUGGAGUUCUUGGGUCACUUGUUCAUUCAUCCAUUUCUGUUUUCUUGCUUUAUCUGUCAUAAUAUUGCAAUGAGAUCUUAGUACCUGCUUCAGGCUAAUGUCUUGCUGAAAAUAGGACCCAAAGCUGUACAUCUUUCAAUGGACAAUUUAUAUGGACAGGUUCUACUUCCUAGUGCAUUUUUGAGAUUUUUUUCAUU